AUGACAACUCCAUUCCCGCUCCUUAAGCUUCCUCAAUUGCCAUUCAUCGUAUAUGUUCAAGCUUUGCAUCUGUGGAGUUUGAUCAAUCUUUCCGUCUGUUCUUUAAGAACAAGAAAUUCAAUCAAAGAAUGUCGGAAAGAAAUUUCAGUACUGGCCAAACCCAGAAGUUUCAUGAUUUCUUGUGAUGGCGUCAGGUUUUUCAUAAAUCUAGAAGAUGAAAGAACAGGAGAACGCCCAACGGAUAUUAUCCAAAUGAAUAAAACGGCUGUGCGGAUUGUUCGGAAACAAGAUAAUUUUUGGCUAAUCAAGUGCUCUGCAAUUCUGGAUGGGUGGAAAUUAGUGAUGGAGCACUUGAUGAACACUUUCCACGUGUCUAUCAAUCUCGAAAUCGUAGGAGAACGUCAUCUUUACGAAUAUUUGACCGGACAUCCAAAAAAUCCAAAAAUCGACGAAUUAACUGUCUCGUCUAACUUUGUGGACGACGUCGAUAUGAAGUUCUAUUUGGAAAACUUUCACAAUGAUGAGCUCUGCUUCUUGUCAAACCAAAACAAGACGUUUCGUUUCAACGGAAUAUUUGGAAGUUUCAAGAUUUUCACUUGCAUGCCAGCGGAAUGGAUCACAAGAGAAAACUUGUUGUCUCUUAACUGCGAAAGGAUAAAGCUGGACCAAUGUUCACUGACCAAUGAAGAUUUAAACAUGGCACUGAAAAAAUGGAUCGACGGAAGAUCACCUCAAUUAUCGGUAAUGGAAAUUGGCCUUCGUUUGGAGUAUAUCCAAAUAGCAAAAAUUAUGGAUGGAAUUGAAAUUUUGAAGGAAGCCUCUCUUCAAGAACAGUACGUUGUUUAUCAUCGGUUUGAUGAUUUGUGUUAA